GGACAGCAAGAAUCGACUCUCCUCCGGUCAUACAUCAAGGCUGCAAAGCUCAAAUACUGGCUGAACCGACCCUCUUGUCCUCCCGUGUUUAGGGAGGUCAAGUGGUUAUUUGACAGAUUCAUUUCUCCUUCAAUCAAUGCCAAUCCCAGCGAUCUCAUUCAAGUUCGGCGGGCAGUCUUGCAUGCUCGCAUCCUCCACGAGGGAUCCACCUACACUCGCGACUCCACUCAUGUUGGCAAUAGCCUGAUCCUUUAUUAUCCCGGCGGCCUUAGGAGUGUGGAACCAACACCAGGGACCAUUAAGUAUAUUUUCGAGACCGAACGAGGAGUGUGCUUCGCCGUACGGCAUCACCUUCCGUCACAUUCUCACUCUGAUCCUUUCCGCCAUUAUCCUCACUUCCCGGCUCGUUUAUUCUCAUCAGCACUCGCUGAACAUCUCACAAUCGUCAUGCCUGAGUGGGUGGUUUCACAUUUUGCGCGGUGGAACUUCUCUCCACAGCACAUCGUUGCUGUGUCUCUGAGUCGGGUGCGUCCCGAAGUUCUGACAAUUCACGAUAACUCACAUUCAAUAGGACUGAAUUAUCACAAAAACUAA